AUGGCUGUGCGCGCCAUCCAUACGCUGCUGCUCCUCUGCACCAUGGCGCUGCUGCUGACCGGCCUCGUGUCGCCGUCCACCGCCGGGCUCAGCCUCGACACGGUGAGGGACUUCCUGACGCGGGAGGAGGACACCAUUGUGUUCAGCCUCAUCGAGAGGGCCAAGUACCCGCUCAACCGGCCGGCCUACGCCCCCCUCCACUUCGGCGCCGGCGCCAGCGCCGGCGCCGAGCCCGGCCGCAACCUCAACGCCUCUUUCGCCGAGCUCUUCAUCCGCGAGUCCGAGGCCGUUCAGUCCAAGGCCGGAAGGUAUCAAAACCUACAAGAGAUUCCAUUCUUCGCUUACAGAGUUCCUUUCACUCUGGCACCUCCAUACAACUUCACAAGAGAUUUGUAUCCCGCUGCCGCAUUAGUUAACGUUAAUGACACCAUAUGGAGCAUGUACUUCAAUGAGCUUCUCCCUCUGCUGGCCAAGAACGGUGAUGAUGGCAACUAUGCCGUAACUGCUGAUGCAGAUCUUAACAUAUCUUCAGGUGCUUUCAAGAAGGAUCAACUAUGGCAGGAUAGAGAUGCUCUGAUGAAACUACUGACAUAUGAAGCCCAAGAAGACGUGGUGAAGAGAAGGGCAGAGAAGAAGGCAAUUGUGUUUGGGAAAAGCAUAACAUUAGAUGGGCCAAUCCAAACUGGUGUCAACAAUAGCAGCCUGGCUAACUUCAAAGUUGAUCCUUCAGUUGUUUAUAAACUGUAUGAUCAGUGGGUGAUUCCGUUGACUAAACAAGUGGAGAUCGAGUACCUUCUCCAUCGUCUCGAUUGA